AAGUUAGUGAGUAUAUCUAAUAGUCACCUACCAAAUAUAAAGGAAGAUGAAUUAAUGGUUGGCGCAGCAAUUUUUUCCGUGGUAGUGCCACUAUGUUAGCUAAUAGCUAAAUGGUUUAGCGUUUUACGAACUUUUUUGGAAAGUAGCUAUCGUUCGUUUUAACGUGUUUGAUCUGGUUUACUGAUUUAGGUACAAAUAACCUUUAUACUCUGUGGGUUUAGAGUUGAAGGUGGUAAUGUAAAACGACAGUGGGACGGACGAUUCCAUAGUUCAAAGGUUCUUUCUUUAUGAAUAAUUAUUUCUUUGUAAAUUUUGGUCAAGUCCUCUCGAAUUGGUUUUGUUUGCAAUUUGUCAACAAGUAAGAAGUCAUUAUUAAUGUUAUCCUUUCUAAACAAAAAUUGGGCAAGAGUUCAUAUUAGUUUUGCCCACCCUUUUUUAAAAUACGUUAUUGUUGAGGUUUCCUUUUGGAUUAUUCCUUUGCCUUCUGCUCUCUGCUUUUGAAUAUAAAUUUUAUAUCGUAUUGAAAAAGUUAAUAUGGAUGAAAAUAUACCAUCAGAGCACGACAACUUGCUUAAAAAACACAGAAAAGAAAAAAAGGAUUUGCAAGCUCAAAUCCAUUCUAUGAAAAAAAGCAUACCCAAAGGUGAUAAGAAACGAAAAAAAGAAGUUAACGAAGAUAUUACCAUUUUGGAGAAAGAAUUGGAAGAAAGACACAAAAAAGAAUUAAGCGAAGCAGAUGCUCUAAAUAAAAUGGCACCAAAUGAAAAUGGUACAGGGGAAAAACAUUGUGCAUCCAGUGAAAACAGUAUACAGGAAGAAGUAUUGCAGGUUCAACGGGUUUCGCGAGCUCAAAAACGGCGAAAUAAAAAGGACCAAGACGCAAAAGAACGGGAAAAAAGGAUCACUGAACAGGCGGAACGAAAUAAAGAAGGACCUAGGCACACUGAAAUGAUUUUAAUAAAACAAUUGCUCAAGGCAUGUAACAGGCAGAUAUAUAACAUACCUGCUGAUGGAAAUUGUUUGUAUCUUGCUGUAAAUCAUCAACUCGAAAUUAUGGGCCAACCAACAUACAGCAUUAGCGACCUGCGGAAGAAAACUGCAGAUUUUAUGCGUAAAAACAAGAAUGACUUCCUUCCAUUUAUGUUCAACGAAUUGGACAGCGAUGAUGAAAUAAAUGAAGAAACUUUUGAGAAAUAUUGUAAAAAUGUGGAGACAACCAAACUUUGGGGUAGUCAGUUGGAACUUAAAGCUCUUUCAAGUAUUGUUUCAUGUCCCAUAAAAAUUAUUCAAGCUGGUAGUCCUCCUACUUUACAAGGAGAAAAUAUUAAUGGUCCGGAAUUAGUCAUUACGUAUCAUCGGCAUUUGUAUAGAUUAGGUGAACAUUACAACUCAACACUUACCUGCGAAGGAGUUUCAUCUUGAAAACAAUACAUUUUGCCAUGAUAAAUCAAAUGUUCAUUAAAUUGACCUUGUAUUCCUUUACUAAAUACAAUUACUAAUUAAAAUAUAUACAAGGGGGGAGAGGGCUACAAAAACAAAUACAAAAGAAGAUGGAUUAAACAGCUAUUCUCUUAAAUUAAACCACUUAAUGUUUAGAUUGCUUUAUUUUAUUGUUUCAAUUUAAUGAGAAAAUUUCAGUUAAUAUGCAGAGUAAUUCAAAUUGAAUCCACACCAUUGGGAGCUCUAUCUAGACGUCGUAGCAAGAUUGUUAAAAUGGGGCAAGAUUUCGUAGCUACUAGAAAAAUGGAAAAUUAAGAUUUUCAUUUUAAGGUUCCCUGGAGUGAUUUCACAAGAUAGCUCAAAAUGAAAAGCACAUCUUUUGUUGCUAUGUUUUUUCUGAUGGGCACCAUCAUUGCUUCAUUAGUAGUUUUGUUUUUUUAGAAUAAUUAUAUGAGAAAAUUUGUAGCUGCUUCUAUUACAAAUUUAAUAAACAGUUUCUGACAAAUUAGACCACUCACUAGCCAUUUUUGUAAAAACAAAAUUUAACAUUUUUAUUUAUGAAAAAACAAAAAAAUUGAAUCAAUCACUAUAUUUCUUUUACCAAAAGUGUUAGUUAACAAGACAAGAUGGGACAAGAAAUUAAUAUUUUAAUCCAAUUGGACUUUAAAACAACAAUCUGAUAGCCAACCCAAUGACUAUCAGAUUUUAUCACAGUAAAUUCUUAUAAUUUGCCAUGAAUACCAUGAAU